GAAUGUUCCGACGCAUUAUGUUCGUACGAUUUGUCUUUUUUUAGGCUUUUAUAAAAAAAAACAAUUGUUAAUAUUGUCAUUGUGUACUUAUUUUUAAAUCGAAGAUAAAGUACGAAAGUAAAUAAAUAAGGAACGUGAAAAUAAAAGCUUAAUAGUUUAAAACAUGAAGCAAGUGAUUUUGAGGCGUUGUGUAGUGUUAACUAUUAGUGUGAUAGAAGUAUUUGAAAUGAAGUUCGUUCACCGUUGCGUGUGUUGCGUCUCUUUCCCUCCGGUUGGAAUGUGUAACGCAACGCAUUUGGAAGAGGGACGUUUUCAUGGCGAAAUGACGGGUCCCGAUCAAAACUAGAAUAAAUGCGUGCUAUUUUCACAUGAACUCGCUACGUUCUAAAGUUAAACGUAGUUGGCCGGCAUUAAUUUUAGUGGGCUCUCGCCGCCUGGCGUUUCUGGUCCUCGCGAGUUUUCGUCCCAUCCCCGAGAACGAGAAUGUGUCAAGAUGCGACCUGUGCCCUCCCUAUGUGGCGUCGUCACGGCUCUGCUUCAUGUCUUAGCUGGCUGUGCACACGGACAAAGGCAAGAGUUGGGCAUGUCGUUCACCAGACACCCUCAGCCCCUAGAAGCACCGAUCGGCGAUGACGUGAAUUUUGAGUGCAAUCUAAACCUCGCCGCAGACCGAUUUUCGUGGCGUCAUAGACCCUUGGGGUCCGACAAAUGGCUACCUGUUCUACAUACACCUGCCAACGGCGGUAAAACUUCUAGACACGUGGUGAAUUUCGAUAACGAAUCGAAAGCCGGGGAUUAUCGUUGUAUAGCGUAUUAUGGUUCAAGUGGCUUAGCUUCUAAUCCUGCACGACUGACGCUUGCGACGUUGCAGAAGUUUUCUGACAAGAAUGACAUUGUUAUAAAGGUUGCAGCAGGAAAUACCGUGCCUAUCACGUGCCCUGUGCCUUACUCAGCCCCAGACGCCAUAGUUCAGUUUUAUAAAGACAAUACCGCAAUAAAUAAUCUUAUACAAAGAGACGACGUGAUUGGCAGUAAAACUAUGGUUAUCGAGAACGCUAAAGUGUCGGACAGCGGAGCGUACCACUGUACCGCUACUAAUUACAUAAGCUCGCAAACGUACAGUAGCAACCAUAAGACUAUUUUGAACGUGCACUCGAAUACCAGUUUCCAAGCUCCAUACUUUAUAAAACAACCGCAGACGGAAUACAAAGUUUUGAAAGGUAAAAAUGUGACUCUGGAAUGCUUUGGCGCUGGGUAUCCAGUACCGUAUGUAGCUUGGAGUAGACUGGGUAGUCCACUGCCACCGAAUUCCACCAAAACCUCGAUGGGGUUAACGAUAGUGAAUGUCCAACCGACUGACAGAGGAGAGUAUGACUGUAUAUGGAGUAAGAACGGUGUACAUAUCAAGUCUGUGAUCAUAUUAAAGGUAAUGGAGGCACCUGAAGUAAUUAAGCCACCAAAGGCAUCUACGUUUUCUGAGGGAGGAGAAUUGGAGCUGUCUUGCUCGGUCACUGGGGAGCCACAACCGAAAAUUGAAUGGUUGAUUAACGGGGAAUCUUUGGCACCCAGUGAGAACGUGGAAAUUAAGGGUUCUAUGUUGCUCAUUUCUGAAGUCGAAAAGAAACACGCUGGUAUUGUUCAAUGCGUUGCGAGCAACGAGUACGGCUCUCAUUCUGGGUGCAAUCUGUUGAGAGUGAAUCCUAAGCAACACAUAGGAACGGCUGAACCGAGACCAGACUAUGGAAUCCCUAAUUCGAGGCAUAAACAUACUAGAGGUGGAGGUAGAAGGAGGAAUAAGGAGGGAAAACGAAAAGGCACUGCAGUGUUAGUACCACCAAACCAGCCAAAUGUCACGAGACUCUCGGACGUGUCAGUAAUGGUUAUAUGGUCUGUGCCUAACAAUACAGGCUUGCCAAUUCAGUUUUUCAAAGUUCAGUACCGGGAACUUGGACAAAAAAUGAACGGCAAGCAAGCAAAAUGGAUGACCGCGAACUCUGAAAUACCGAAACACGUACGUUCGUUCGAGGUCACGGAUUUGCAGCCCAACCAUACUUAUCGAUUCAGGAUCGCUGCAGUUUAUUCGAACAACGAUAACAAAUUGAGUCCGAACUCCGUGCGUUUCCAUUUGAAUAAAGAUGGAGGAUUCGAAAGUAAUAAGAUGCCAAUACCUUUACUGACAAACACCGAGGCGUUAGGACCGCAGGAGGUAUUACUCAUUUGGCAGAAUCCGGAUAAAUCUGCCGACAUCGAUGGUUUCUACGUGUACCAUCGAGCCUCCACGUCGGCUGGAGACUACAUGAAAACUGCAGUGGCGGGAAAGGACUCUUACAACAUAACUAUUUCUCAUUUACAACCUGACACGACGUACGAGUUCAAGGUGCAAAGCUUCUCGGUGGACGCUGCCUCUGAGUUCUCGCAAAUUCUUCGACAGAAAACGAAAAAGGUUGUGAACGAAAAUAAUGAUCGUAACGACGACAAUCGUAAUAGUCACGGUAGUAAUUUGACGCUGGACAGUCGGGUGAGACCAGCGGAGGAUAAAAACGUAAAUAUGUACGCGAUUGUUGGUGGAGUUCUUGGUGGUUCGACGUUACUGUGCGGCUUGGGUGUGGUAGCAGUAGUCUAUAAAAGGACUAAACACAAGCAGAGUCGGGAAUCUUCGCAAAGCGAAGGGAAACCGAUAACAAACGGAAGAGUAAUGAACGGCGGAGUCACCGACUCCAAAAUAAAUAUAACUUCGAAUCCACUUGCUGGUCUCGAUACGUCCGAAGAUAUAAUACAGCCUAAGAGCGGGGAGCAACAAUCGCCGAUGGAAAUGGCCUCGUUUCUAAACGGGCAAAACAACAACAGCAACAACCAUAACAACAGUGACACAGCUGGAACUACAGACGUGAACACGUCAUAUACUGAGCCUCCACUGCUACAGGGAUCACUGCCUAUUGAACAACCUCUGUGAACAACAUUGUACGAAUGUAUCGCGCCUGACUCUAGAAUCUUAUAAGAUUUAGUUUAGUCCUUGUAUUGAAGCGAAACGACGUGAAUUUGUGGAACGAAAUUAGUACAAAUCUGUACGAGGGCACGUCGUUUUUAUCGGGAUACUUAGUGAGAAUUUCUUAACGUAUAGAUCACCUUUAGGUUUAGAACGAACAAACUGUUGCAAGACAUUUCUUACAGGGUGUUGUGUAAUAGGUAUGCUCAAAUAUUUCAGUGAAUUAGACGUGUAUUCGUCUAGUGAUUUUGUAUCCUAUGCAUUCAAUUUUUGUGCGAUAAAUAUCAAUCUUAAAAGCUCAACGUAGAAUUAGAAAAUGAAUUGUUCGAUCAUGAAAUGGGUACGUUUCAAUCUAUUAUGUACCUGCUUGAUAUUUCUCUCUUUCUUUUUUCGUAUCUCUUUAUGCCCGUUUCAUGGUCGACGAUUAGUGAGCUUGGAUGUAAUUAGAGUCGCGUGAAUGAAAACCCUUUAGUCGUACAAGCUUAUCGUUGAAUGGUUUUUCCUUUGUGACGUUAUUUUUUAUCGCGUGCGCGCGCAGUUCUAUAUUAAUUUUAUUCCAGGCAGCUUUUUAUGCGUUAUAUUGUUUCCUAAUUUAAAUUAAUUGACGUCCAUUAUUUCAUAUUGUACAUACACGAAAUGUUAGUAGCUAUGCGUCAAAUUAAGACACGAAUGAAAUUGUGCCUAAUGAAAAAAGACAGCUGUGCUCCGUGUCUUACAAAUUAGAUGUACAAUUUUUAAAGUUAUGUAGAACGUUUUGGAAUCAUAUCAUUUUUUAUUUAAUACACUAUCAUCAAACAGAUACGCAUUAUAAAUCGCAAACGCAUUGCUACAUAGAAUAAUAGAAAUAUUUCAAUCAUAUGUCGCUAACAGUAUUUGUUAUGUAUUAUAACAAAGUUAACUCGUAAUAACAGUAUUUCCCUAGCUUCAAAUUAGAUGCAACCAUUUUCGUUCUUUUAGUGGUAAAUGUUGUAUUCUUGACGGUAAUCAAGCUUUACAA